AUGGCAGAAAGGAGAGAAGGCGAAAAAACAGUGGGGUUGCAACAAGACGCCCAAAAAGAUGACGAUGGAGGUACAUUUAGACAUUUUUAAUACUAUUCCUAAUUGCGGCUGUAACAAGCUACUUCAGUUUAAACAUUUUGUAUGUUUUUUCACAGGUCUAUCACACUCGAUGCUUGAACGAUGGGAGGACUUUCACGUAAAACUUCUUGUCAGUUGUUGGCAAAAGCAGAGGCUUGAAUUCGGAAAAGGGAAAGCUACCAAAAAGGACAUAUUCAACAGAAUUGCCAAUGAGUUCAAUAGUAUUUCUACUGACGUGAAGGUCAUGGGGGAGCAGUGUAGUCGUAAGUGGCUCAAGCUUGAAGCUUCCCACAAGAAGAUAACGGACCACAACAACACCACGGGAGCCGACAAGAAAACUUGGAAAUACUUCCAUGAAAUGGAGUUUUGUAUCGGGGGAAAUCCAAAUGUACGACCGAAGUUCACUUUGGAGAGCAGCAGCAGCACUGCAGACGUCCUUGCGGACGAAGACUCCGAGGAAAGUGGAGAUGAUGAAGACCAAUGUUCCGCGGCCGAGAGCUCUAGUACAACAAAACGAAAAACCACUGGAAGUGGCUGUAAACGCCGGAAAAGGAAAAGAAAAUCAAAAUCUUCGGCUGCAGAGAUGUUGACAUUCCUGUCAUCUUACGCAGAGCAACAUGAGGAGAACGAAAGAGAAAAGAUGGAGUUGAUGAAGGAGGCGAAGGAGGAACGAAAGAGCUUUUUUAACCAGUUACUACAAAUUAUGAGUAAGCGUAAAUGA